AUGUCUUAUAAUAAGACUAGCAUUCAAAUAAUAAACGAAUUAUUCUCUGAUAACAAUAAUGAUGAUGCAUCUAAAGAUAGUAAAAGAGACUAUGAAGAUAAUAUUUUAGAAUAUUCAUUAGAUGAAUCAGAGAAAGCUUGUCAAGUGAAUUUCAAUACUCUGGUAAUAAAAUCAAAAAAAACUAAUUUUAAGCAUGCUGAAGAAUUAGAUAAAAUUUUUUCAUAG